AUUUAUUUCUGUUGAGGGAGUUGACCAAGGCCAAGCUCCUCGUUUUGCAUAAAUAAAAAAUAAUAAAAUAAUUUAAUUUUUCAAAUUUGACUCAAUGUGUACACAACUGUCGGCCUUCUCAUUACCUCUUAUCGCUAAACCUGCGCCGUCGUGGGUGACCAGAAUUUGCUCUCUUCCUCGGUUUAUGCACCGCACACCACCACCACUCAUGGCGGCGCGUAAAAAUUCCGGCGAAACUGUUCAGUUCAGCCCCUCCGUUGACAAAUUGCAAGAAUUCCUUCACUCCAAUCCCACUGAUGGGUGGGAAAGAUGUUGGGAGGAAAGAGUAACACCAUGGGAUUUGGGGAAACCAACACCAGUUCUUCAACACCUUCUUCAAACAGAUUCUCUUCCUAAGGGAAGAGCUCUUGUCCCUGGAUGUGGUAGUGGUUAUGAUGUGGUAACACUUGCAUCUCCUGAGCGCUACGUUAUUGGAUUGGACUUAUCAGAGGUUGCUGUAGAAAAAGCAAGAGAGCUGGCUUCAUCAACUCCAAAUGCAAACUAUGUAUCCUUUUUGCAAGCAGAUUUUUUCAAUUGGGAGCCUACUGAGUUGUUUGACCUCAUGUUUGAUUACACGUUCUUUUGUGCUAUUGUUCCAAAUAUGCGGCCAGCUUGGGCAACUCGUAUGGGAGAUCUCUUAAAACCAGAUGGAGAGCUUAUAACCUUAAUGUUUCCGAUUGAUGACCAUGAAGGUGGACCUCCGUAUAAAACAUCUGUCGCCGAAUGUCAUCUUGAGCUAUGUGGAUUAGCUGAUCUAUUUCUUCCAUGCAGCUAUGAAGAGGUUUUGCAUCCCCUAGGAUUCCAAGCCAUAUCUAUUGUCGAAAAUGAGCUAGCAGUGGACCGUCGUAAGGGAAGAGAGAAGCUUGGGAGGUGGCGAAGGACAAAGACAACAUCGUUGCUUUGAAAAUGCUCGAAGACUUUGCAAUGUAUACAAAGGUGACCCUGCUGCUCUAUCCUUCCUAGGGAAUUUUUUUUUUUGGAUGUUUAUAAAGGUCUGAGGAAUUGCUUUCAUGUACAUGUCUAACCAAAUUUCAAGCCUGAAAGCACUCCAUACAUAGAGAAGCUAAUCCACCGCAUUAUCUGGAGAAUAUUGGCCAUAUAUUUACACAAUUGAAAUUUAACAAUGGGUCAUUUAUGUUUCAGAAGAAAAAUAGGAAUAUUUAGUACAACCUUGUGUUUCAGAACGCUUUAAAGGUCAGUUAAAAACUGUAAUACUGUAUACCUCAGGUAUAUUAAUAAAAGUCACCAUUUUUUCUCUAUCAUUGAACAAGUGAUGCAGAGGGUUUCUUUGAACAAAGGAAAACGGCCAAAAAUAGAUAAAUACUUUGUACAAGUAUGUAGGAUUCGGAAGUGUUUGCCCCCAUUCCCAAGUCCCACCCUCUUUCAUUUCCCUUUCAACAUUGUCACACUGGGGUUUUGUAGCUACUACUGCAUAA